AUGGCUACAUACUCCGCCAUCCCGGGGUCCAGCGCUGCGGACUCCAGCAGAGGGAGACGGCGCCGGUCGAGUCGGCUGAAGGACCUGAACUUCGCUGGUCAGGCUUCAUGGAUAAGCAGCAAUAUCAACCUUGUUAAUACCAUUAUUGGCGCUGGUACACUAGCGAUGCCCUCGGCAAUGUCCCACAUGGGUAUCAUGCUCGGUAUCUUCGUUAUCGUAUGGUCGGGAAUGACAGCAGCCUUUGGGUUAUAUUUACAAUCUCGAUGUGCCCGAUACUUGGAUAGGGGAAAUGCCUCGUUCUUCGCCCUAUCCCAGAUCACGUAUCCGAAUGCCGCUGUGAUCUUCGACGCUGCCAUCGCCAUAAAAUGUUUUGGUGUUGGCGUGAGCUAUUUGAUCAUCAUUGGUGAUCUUAUGCCGGGCGUUGUAAGAGGGUUCAAUGAAGCGGCCGAUGCAACUCCAUUUCUUGUGGACCGACAGUUCUGGGUGACCGUGUUUAUGCUCGUGGUCAUUCCGCUGUCCUUUCUGCGUCGUCUUGACUCGCUCAAAUACACCAGCAUGGUGGCGUUGGUCUCCAUUGGCUACCUAGUGAUACUCGUCGUGUACCACUUUGUUAAAGGAGACACAAUGGCUGAUAGGGGCGAAAUCAGAGUAAUUCAAUGGGGUGGUCUUGUCCCCACGCUGCAGAGCUUUCCAGUUAUCGUUUUUGCGUACACCUGCCAUCAGAAUAUGUUUUCUAUUUUGAACGAGAUCCAGGACAAUUCCCACAGACGAACCACGGGCGUUGCUAUUGCUAGUAUUGGCUCCGCAGCCUCUGUCUAUAUUCUCGUUGCGAUCACGGGUUAUCUAUCAUUUGGCAAUAAUGUGGCUGGAAAUAUAGUUGCAAUGUACGUACCCUCAAUUGCUUCGACAAUCGCCAAGGCAGCCAUCGUCAUCCUUGUUAUGUUUUCAUACCCGCUCCAAGUGCAUCCAUGCAGAGCUUCUGUUGAUGCAGUUUUGAAAUGGCGACCUAGUGGCUUUAAUAAAGGUGCAAGAAACUCACCCAACACUUCACCCGCAAGAUCAGCUCCCUUACUUCCAGGUGCCGUAGCUCAAUCCCCGGCAAGAAAUGACACUAUCAGCGAACUACGUUUCGCUAUCAUCACGACUGUGAUCGUUGUUCUGAGCUACACAGCUGCAAUGACCGUCGAAUCUCUCGACAAGGUUCUCGCCUACGUUGGUAGUACCGGAAGCACCAGCAUAAGCUUCAUCUUGCCGGGUCUUUUUUAUUAUAAGAUAUCCGCGCCAGAAUCGAUCCAUCAUCAAAGACUAACCAAGGAGGAUGACGAGGAAGAGCGGGAUGAUGAUGAGAGCUUCAGUGGGGAGACGAGUAGGGAGCCCAAGUAUUUUAAGCCGAUACUGCGAAAGCUUUCACUUGCUCUGGCCAUAUAUGGUGGUUUCAUCAUGAUACUGUGUUUGGGAACAAAUCUGUUCUUUGCCGGUGAGCCAGCGCAUAAGGUCUAA